AUGUCCAAUCUCUUCCGCAGAGCGUCGGAUGCGUUUCGCCAUCACCACGAGCCGGACGCGGCAAAGAACCCGGAACAGAAGCAGACGGGACAGGAGCCACUUGACUCUGCGAAAGUAAACUCCGAGUCUCCACAGCUCGAGUCCCCUGCCAAUGAAGCACCCGCGAUGGAAGGCGCAGGCCAUGCAAACCCAAGCAAACAGCGACACUUCUGGGAGUUCGGUCAUCACCGCGAUCAGAAUGCCCAGAAGAAGGGCCCUUCAAGCCAGGAGGAGCGAGACCAAGCGGGGUGGCAGUGA